AUGUUCAUUGGUUAUUCACCUCACCAAAAGGGAUAUAAGUGUUACUCACCAGAUACUAGGAGGGUUAUGAUCUCUAGAGAUGUGAGGUUUGUUGAAUCCAGAGGCUACUAUGAUGAGACAAGUUGGGAUGAGGUGAAGAAUUUAUCCCAAUCAGCCUCAGAUAGAGCAAACAACUUAAGAAGGGUAAUGGAAAGGCUUGGAAUAAGUCAAUUUAAGGAGAGUGAGGAAACGAAGGGACCUCCUACUUCUCAAGAAGCUGAAGAAGCUAUAGAAGCAAUCCAUCCUGAUCAUGAGGGGGGACAUCAACAUGAACCAUCAGUUGUCCAUGAUUCAGCUGUCCACGAUUUAGAUGUCCACGAUUCAGCUGUCCAUGAUUCAGCUGUCCACGAUUCAGCUAUCCACGAUUUAGCUGUCCACGAUUUGAUUGUCCACGAUUCAGCUGUCCACGAUUUAGCUGUCCAUGAUUCAUCUUUCCAUGAUUCAGCUUUCCACGAUUCAGCUAUCCACGAUUCAAGUGUCUAUGAUUCAGCUGUCCACAAUUGA